AUGGACAAAGCCUCACAAACGAUCAUGAAAUACAAAUCACAGCUCAUCAGCAACCUUUUGUCUGAUUACAAGGACGAUUUCUGGGUGCCCUUCGGGGUGUACGUCGGCGUGUCGACCGCCCUCUUCAUCCUGGCCUGUCUUCCGGUCGUGUUGUUCGAGCCGAUUGCCUACUCGUCCGGCAUUCCCGAGGUGAAGUGCUAUCUCAACGGCGUGCGCAUCCCCAGGUUGUUGCGAUGGAAGACACUGCUGAUCAAGAUCGUGGGAAGUAUUUUGGCCACCGGUGGCAACGUAGCUGGCGACAAGGAAGGCCCGCUGGUGCACAUCGGCGCCACCGUGGCCGCGGCCAUCUCCCAGGGCAAGUCGUCGUCGCUCAAGUUCGACUCGGGUAUCCUCAAGUUCUUCCGAACGGAUAACGAGAAGCGGCUCUUCAUCUCGUGCGGCGCUUCGGCGGGAAUUGCCGCGGGUUUCGGUGCUCCGAUCGGCGGAGUCCUGUACAUGAUCGAGGAAGGCAUGUCAUUCUGGAGCGCUCCGCUGACGGCGUUCACGUUCUUCUGUUGCGCGUGCUCCAUUUCCGCGCUCAACUUCUUUCGCGAGGGAAGCGACCACUCGUGGGGCUACUGGUCCUACGUGGGAUUGCUCGACUUCGGCCGCCGAGAGCUGCUCGUGCCCUACACCAUCAAGCAGUUCCCCUUUUACAUCAUGCUCGGCAUUCUUGGUGGUCUGCUGGGUGCGAUCUUCAAUUUCUUCAACAAGUGGAUCCACACCACCCGUGUGAAGCUCAAGCACCCGGUGGUGCAAGGCCUCGAGAUGCUGGCCCUGGGCCUUACCACCUCCGUCCUGUUCUACAUUAUACCCUACUACUACCCCUCGUGCAAGGUUAUCGGCAAAAACAUGGGGGAACUUACCGUGAACACACUCUUUUGUCCCGAGGGCCAGUACAACCAGAUCGGCACCAUCUUGUUCCAAAACGAGGAGUCAUCUCUCCGCGCCAUCUCCACAUGGGACUACAUGCCGCUCUUCAUGAUCUGUGCCCUCUACUUCGUCCUCACCUGCUGGACGUUUGGUGCAGCGGUGCCUGUGGGUAUCUUGGCCCCGUGCCUGCUGAUCGGCGCCUGCUACGGGAGAAUGUUGGGCCAAUACAUCCAGCACAUCUGGCCCGAGGCCGCCGCCGACGAGAGCACCUUCUCCAUCCUGGGCGCCGCCUCCAUGCUCGCCGGCACCACACGACUCACACUGUCGCUGGCGGUCAUUCUCACCGAGGCCACCAACAAUGCCGGCUACACGCUGCCGAUCAUGUUGGUCGCCAUGAUUGCCCGGUUGGUCGGCUAUUUGUUCAUCAACGGGUGCUUCAACAUCCACAUCGACAUCGCCAAGCUGCCGUUGCUCGACUGGUGGCUGCCCAGCGAAAUGAUGCAUCUCCGGGCCAAGCACGUAAUGAGCAAACCGCCGAUCUACUUCCGCCAGAUCGAAAAAGUGUCAAUCGUCCACCGGGUGUUGUCGAAGACGACCCACAACGGGUUCCCUGUGGUGGACAAGAAGGGACACCUGCUGGGUGUCAUCCUGCGAUGGCAGUUGGUCAUCCUUCUCAUGAACAAGCGCUGGUAUUCGCAAUCGGAGGUGCAGGACAAGGGAGUGCAGGACCAGAACCUGCUGAGCGUCGAUACGUUCUUGGACUACUACCCGCGGUACCCCGACAUCGACCAGGUGCACCUCGGCGAAGACGAAAAGAAGAACUGGCUCGCCCUCGCCCCCUACAUGAACGCCAACCCAGUGCGAGUGUUGGAGACGUGCCCCAUGCGACGAGUAUUCCGUGUCUUCCGAACGAUGGGUCUCCGACAUCUCAUCGUUGUGGACAAGGAGGGCGUGGUGGUCGGCGUGAUCACAAGAAAGGACAUGUCCGCACGGUCAACGUUGGCGAAGCUCAAGACGCAGGCGAUGCGACAGCCGAGUCUCUACCAAUUCGAAACCACUUGGAUAGCGCCAUUGGAUGGAUCGUCGACGAUGCUGCAGGACGUCCUCUCGCCCGAGUACCUGAGCCGCUCCAGCACCCGCACCAGCACCAGCGCCGGGCGCCAGCGGUCGGUCCACUUCGCCGUCGAGAAGCCCGACACCGACGACGAGACCGAAGACGACGACGUCAUCACCACUACCACCACCGUCAGUAAUGACCUGCGCGGCAGCAUCAACCACUCCUGA